AUACUGCUUCAAUUCAUUCUACAAUUCGCUGACAGCACUGUGCUAAAAACGUGUUCAGUACUCCGGUCAAAAUUUUAUUGGUGCUUUGUGAUAAAGGACGAAAAGGCCGCAUCGACUGGCUGGGCGAUAGUACAUUGUGAUUGAUUAAAUGUUUUAAAGCAAUAACUAAUAACGAUGGAAAACAUAUAUUCCCCAAGAACGGAAAAAGUGGUAUCUGUGGGGGACGCGUUGGCCGAAUUCCAGAAGGAACUGUUUCCCGACCUUUUGAAUAAGAUAGUUGAUUCGGAUCACGACAUCAUGGAAGCGAUGGGCCUCGGUGGAAACAAUGCCGAAUUCGAUAAGCUUCUUGGAUCGGUAGAUGUUGGUCAACUGUCUAGCCCAAAAGAUAUACCGGUGAGACCGUUCCAUACACAUCGCAUCUCCGUCCGGCCAAAACUGGUAGAGAUGCCACCCAAGGCAGCACGAUUCAGCUGUGUGCAACGGGUAUUUAGUCGCCGCAGUGCAAAGGAUCAGCGGAAUAUAGAUGUAAAGCUUAGAUACAAUCGUCACAAAUACAUGGAAAGGAAACAAGAGCUAGAAUUGGUCAAAGAUUUGGUUCCAUUUCAAGAAAUGGUGCUGGUACUCCGGUUUUAUGAGCCCUUCAAGUACAAAGCAGCACGCCGAUUAGGUCAUCCAAAGUUCAACCAAGAGUAUUAUGUACUUAGUUCGCAGUACUUAACAGAACUGAAGGAUGCAAUAUUUUGCCAUUGCGAUUCGGGACCCUACUACGAAAUAAGCGAGAACAGAACGGCGGAAGCAACCGAAUCACUACCAAAACCAGGGUUCUUUUUUAUCCACGAUACGUUCUAUAAUGAUUUCCGCGAUGAUUCGAAUCACGAUUACUCGGAGGAUAUUCGGAAAUGGGCCGAGCGUCAAUCCUUAAUCGGAGAGCUGAAAUCGAAACGAAUGGAAGAAACACGCUUUGGAAACUUAAAAUUUCGUAUUGGAUACCCUCAGUUGUACCAACAUCAGGGAAACUGUGAGCAUUUAUUCGUGAUAAGUGAUUGUCGGCUGCUGGCGUCAUCCGAUAUUCUAACGAGAGCUCGCUACCCGUGGCUUAACUCUUACGGAUUAGGCCGUGAUGUUCCUUGUAACAUCUGUGGCCAUUGUCAGGCACAGUACAUUGUGCAAAACAGUAAUCGACACAUAUUCGAUCCUGCUUACAUCUGUGAAAAUUGCCUUGAUACGUAUCAUUACAAGGACGGGCAAAAGAUCGGAGAGUUCGAUUUGUUCAAGUUUUCUCUUAUGAUGGUUCGUGCCAAUGAGGAGGUAGAUGACGAAGCAUCCACUUCACAAUAAACGAAGAAAUGUA